AUGAGCGAGGUCCAGGACACUAUCAAGGAGCCCAUCCAGCUGCGGGGUGAAGUACCAGUCGGCCAUUCUAAACGCCAUUCCUGCAGACUUUCCAUCGGAAAUAUGCUUGCCAGGCGGUAUAUCAUCUCGCAUGAACAACAAGACCUGAGGGAGGUUAUAAAACAUGCAAUCGAGACAUGCCGUGAAUUCGAGACCCUGCAGUGA